AAAUCAAAAUUUCGUAAAAAAAAUCUACUUUUUAAAAUAAAUGGCUCAAUCCCAAGAUAUUUGCUCAGAAAAUGUUGCAGCUAAUUACGAGAAAUUCAAAGGUUUUGGUGAUAAAGUCUACCAAGAAUAUGAUACGCUUUACAAACAAAUGUGGUCGAAAUUAAAUGCUGUUCAUUUGGAACCAUUUGCUAAAAUUCUAUUGGAGCGGGAAAAUAUUGCUCUAAAAGGCCAAGAUGAACUAACAGAAACCAUACGCCAUAAUUUGCAAAACCAAAUGCAGCAAGCUUUACAUACUUUUUGGCAUUCAAAUAGUGUAUCCGAAGCCCUAAUUUCACUAGAAAUGUGCAAAGAGAAGUUCAAAUCUUAUGAAGGACAUAAAUGGAAUAUGGAUGACAAAACACCUUGGGAACGUACUCGACCCACACGCAUGCGGUUUAAGGAGAAUCGUUUACGUUAUUUACAAGCCCAAUUGAACUUUCAAAAUAAGCAAUUGGACGAAGUUUUACAAGAAAAUAUAGCCUUACGCAAAAACAUACAGGAUGUUAAACAUCAGCGUAUUUAUUUAAUGGAAUCUAUGGGCAAUUUUCGCAAAAAAAUCCAAUUGGCAAAAACAGAAAUUAUGGAGUUACAACAACAAAUUCUAACAGAAAACGAGGAAAAUAUCGAGCGAAAUAUUAAAGACGUUAACCGGCAAUAGUAUAUAAAUAUGUAUGCAUUUUUAUAAAAAUAUUAUUUUUUUAAAAUCAUUCUUAAAAUAAAUAACGUUAUUGAUAGUAUUGAA